AGCUUGAAGUUUCUACCGGUUUUUUAAAUUGCCUCCUUGUCCUUACAACACUAAAUUCUGAAAACCGAUGAUAAAGAUGUUAUCUCUUAUCACCAGCGGUAUCGAGCAAAAAUUCAAAAAAUAGUUUACCUUGCUAAUAAUUGUUGCUAAUGCUCAUGCUUUUGGUGUACUGUUAUCUGUUUAACUCAUGAGAAUUGCAUUGCAACAGAGACAAACUACUUCACACAGGGUUACAAACUUUAGCCUCAUAGCCUGUACUUUUACAAAUUUCAACAAUAGCGCAUGGGAACCAGGUGUUUACGGUUGUGUUUUCGUGAAAGUGAAUUACUUUUACGCAAAAUGAGCAUUGACAUUGGAGGUAUGAGAAUUAAAUACAAAGAUAAAGAUGAAACAUUCCUGGAAAAGCAUUUAGUAUCUAAAGAACCAUUUGGCCAAUUUAAAGCCUGGUUUGAAGAAGCUUGUAGCAGAAAGGAAAUCUUAGAGCCGAAUGCUAUGUGUCUCGCAACAUCAACAAAGGAUGGUUAUCCAUCAGCAAGAUUUGUGUUAUGCAAGGGAUAUGGUAAAGAUGGUUUCAAGUUCUUCACCAACCAUGGCAGCAGGAAGGCCAAAGAAAUGGCUGAAAAUCCCAACGUUGCAGCUACAUUUUACUGGGAAGUAUUAAAUAGAUCUGUCAGGAUUGAGGGUUCAAUUGAAAGACUUACUGAACAAGAGUCUACUACUUACUUUCACUCACGGCCAGUGCCAAGCCAGAUAGCCGCCUGCACUAGCUAUCAAAGUACUCCUAUUGAAUCAAGAGAUGUGCUUUGUGAAAGAGAAAGGGCCUUGGAAGCAGAGUACAUGAUACCUGGAAAGGAGAUCCCUAAACCAACAUUUUGGGGUGGCUACAUUAUUCGUCCUAGAUCGGUUGAAUUCUGGCAAGGACAAAGAGAUAGACUGCAUGACAGGAUCAAGUUCAGGAAACUAAAGGAAGGUGAAGCACCUGAUAAUAAACUGUUACAUGAAGGUGAAGAUGGAUGGGUCUUUGAAAGACUGUCUCCAUGAUUUCAUAGCAGCAAUGUAGAAUGUAGCAAAUAACGACCAGCACUCAGUAAGAAUUUUCAAUGUAUGACAAUAGUUUUGGUCGUACAACACAGCAAUAUAAAAUGUACCAACUAUUUGUAUAUACUUGAAUUUUUUCUUUUUAUAAAAUUAUUAUUAAUUUUGUAGAAAAUUUUAUAGACACAAUCAAAAUUUUUAUUCUUGCUUGUUAUAUUAUUCUUGUAUCAUAAUUGUCAUUCUUUUAAUUAAAUAAAAUACAAUAAUUUAAGGGUAAAGGUUUUUAUGAAUAAAUAAAUUAAAUUUAAAAUUA